AUGGGUGGAGCUGGAUCCCCUCCAUUCCUCUAUGAUCCGCCAUCGCAGUGGUCUUUUAACGACACUAUGACCGGUGGCUUUAACCCCAAAGUCGUGACCGACCACAGCAGAGCCCCUCGACCACCGAGGCAUCAUCAAGAGGGGCCGCUGGUCGGCUUCAACCGUCAUCCCGACUCGUGGGGGGCUCCCCAUCAAAGUACACCUUAUAUUCCUAUGAGUCCGUAUACCAAGGCCCGGGUAAAGCGGACAAGAAUAUUCCAGCUUUUGUUUCGACUUGUCCAGUUCCUUGGAGCUCUUAGUAUUCUGUUUUGCGUCAUUAGUAUCAACCACACAGGCGUUGCUCUGGGGUGGAUUAUUCGUGUUGCACCCGCCGUAGCCAUCCUUCACACUCUAUAUGCAGUCUAUCACCUCGCACGAUCCCCUGCGUCUCGUCCCCCAGCAUCUUCUUCUAGCUACCACCUCUUUGCCUCUUGCAUAGAUACCGGUUUGGUCCCAUUCUACGCAUUUACUAGCUUUAUCGCUUUCGAGCAAGAGCAUGAGAACGCUUAUGGCUGGGGCACGCUUUUCAACAAUGCAGACAUCCAACACUACAUCCUAGAGAUUUUUUUCUUUGCCAGUGCAGUAUGUGGCGGCUUGCAUUUGCUCUCAUUUGGCAUCUCUGUCUACUUGGCCGUCGUCUUCAGGCAAAUCACCAAGCUUCCGCCUGAUAUGAACCCGCUAGAGGAUAACCUCACAGCCCGUUCCCCCAAGCGGAGCAGCAGGAGCAAGCGGCCAAAGUCGGCAAUUACCGAAAAGCACAUGAGCAGUAGCACAUUGGACUCGGCUUAUUUCAGCGUCAAAUCCCACUUGGAGGACCCGGUAGAAGCUGUGCCAGCACCGCGGACCAUCCCGUUCACGCACACAAGACAGCAAUCGUCAAACAGCGUCGUGAACGAGCCCCGACCAACAUCUACUCAAUCUCAUCGCACUUCUCAAUCGAACAUGCGAGCUCAGCAGAGUGCACUAGGUGAACGGGCCAGUCUAGCUAACCAACCAACCGAAACCCCUGCUCAGAGGUCCCAGGAUUCACCGUCACGACCAAACUCAGUUGUCGUCGAUGCGCCUGUACUUCUCCCCACCAGGAACAAUUUUGUACCUACCAAUUUCCGAUGGAGCAGUCCAGCUCCGUCGGAGGAUUCCAACAACUGGGUAGCUUAUCCAUCACGCACACCUUCUCUUAAUGGCGAUGAGGACGUUGCUCGCCGGCCAAGUCCUCUUCUGACCACCGAUGUUGCUCCACCAUCCACGUACAAUGGCGCCGGAAACUGGCUUGGUCCAGUGCCCAAGUUCGGUCGUGUUGAAAGCAGUGUUCCUCAAGCUAAAGCUCGUGGUGAAUAUGCAGUUUUGGAGGCGGAUGACGAACAUCUCGAGUAUUCUAUGUUUGCGGACAAGGAAAACCUGGAGGAAGAUAUCACCAACUACCUGUCCAAGCCGAUGAAUAACCCCUUGGGAAUGAACCCUCCCACUCCACAACCCAAAGAGGACUCUGAAGUCCCAGUGCCAACAAGCAGAAAGUCUAGUCUUCGUCGUGCCGUUCUCACCGACAUUCCCAAUAUUUCAGCCGACAAUCAGUCAAACAACAAAAAGGAAAUUUCCCUACCAAAGGUCAAGGAAUCACAACCAAAAUCCUUUGGUAGCAUCAUGUCGUGGGGACGCAAAUCCAGCAAAUCGGCUUACGAGUCUGUCAAAAUCAAGGAAGACGAAGAUAUCUCUGCCAACGAGAGCAGCGACGACGAAAGCCGCGAACCCCCAGUCCUAACAACCCCGAAACGCAGGUCCAAGCUGCUGAAAGCCAACCCAGACAGCAACAAUAAUAAAAAAGACACCGACGACCGCAAGGGCCGAGUUGUUAGCAAUUCGGGCGUUGAUCUCGGCGCUGGGUUCCAGUUGGGCAUUGGCUCAAGUUCGUACAGUGAUUACAUCUCUGGUCUCGGAGUUGGUCGUCGGCGCGACGUGAGUGGGAAAGUCGCAGAGGAAGGCCGCGGAGGCGUUGCUGUUGCUGAGGCUGAGGCUGACGAGGGCACGCCGGAGAAGAAGACCUCGCAAGGCCGAGCUGCGGGCUGGGCUCGUUUUGCUGGGCUUUAA